AUGUAUCGUGGAGCUGUGGUGUGGUUGUGUAAUGGACAAGUCUUGGGUUUGGCUACCAAGGCUAGCCUGGAGUAUCAGCAAGGUGAUAGUUCUUUUGUUAUUGAAUCAGCACAGCGUUUGGGUAAUCCUCAAGAAAUGUUCUGUCCUUGCAUUGAUUGCCGGAAUUUAUGCCAUCAGUCUAGAGAGACAGCUAAUGAAGCCACUCCUGAAUUCAAGACUCAGAACUUGUUUAGAAGCGCUUUUUUUGACGGUGAAGGCAGUCGACAAUCAGGAAAUGACAAUGAAGACCAGACAGCAGAGGUUGACAGUAAGGAAGAAUCUGAGUUCAGGAAGAAGUUAGCUGAUGCUGAAACUCCACUGUAUUCGAGUUGUUCUAAUUACACUAAAGUUUCUGCAAUUAUGGGACUUUACCGCAUAAAAGUGAAGAGUGGGAUGUCAGAAAAUUACUUUGAUCAGCUUCUGACUCUCGUCCAUGACAUGCUGCCUGGUGACAAUGUUCUUCCAACAUCGACAGAUGACAUGAAGAAUUUCUUGAAGGUAUUUGGUUUUGGGUAUGAUGUAAUUCAUGCGUGUAAGAAUGAUUGCAUCCUCUAUCGGAAGCAAUAUGAAAAUAAGGUCAGCUGCCCAAGAUGUAAUGCCUCGAGAUGGGAAAGAGAUAAGCACACUGGCGAAGAAAAGAAGGGAAUUCCAGCAAAGGUACUUAGAUAUUUCCCUAUCAAGGACCGAUUCAAGCGAAUGUUUAGAUCUACAAGGAUGGCUGAGAGUUUGCAAUGGCACUUCAACAUUGCUUCUGAAGAUGGUACCAUGCAGCACCCUGUAGACUCGAUAACAUGGGCUCUAGUUAAUUCGAAAUGGCCUCAGUUUGCUGCUGAACCAAGAAACCUGAGACUCGGUCUGUCAACUGAUGGGAUGAAUCCCUUCUCUAUUCAGAACACCAAGUACAGUACAUGGCCGGUUUUGCUAGUAAAUUACAACAUGCCUCCAACAAUGUGUAUGAAGGCAGAGAACAUAAUGCUGACAAUGCUGAUCCCGGGACAACUGCCCCAGGAGAACUUCACACUUAGAGCUAUGUUGUUGUGGAGUAUAAGUGAUUAUCCUGCCUUAGGGACCUUAGCUGGUUGCAAAGUGAAAGGAAAACAAGCUUGUAACGUCUGUGGCAAAGAUACACCUUUUAAGUGGUUAAAGUUCAGCAGAAAGUUUGUGUACAUGCGUAACAGGAAGAGGCUGAGACCUGGGCAUGUUUACAGACAUUUUGAGAAUGAUUUCGGAAGAGCCUUGCCAAAGACAAGCAAACGAAAAAGACCUGAUUUGUGUGAAAAUGAGGACCUCGAAGAAGAAGAACCUGUAGAAGACACUGAUAUAUGGAGAUGGAAGAAACGGUCUAUCUUUUUUGAUUUACCUUACUGGAAGGAUAUGCCGGUGCGUCACAACAUAGAUGUCAUGCAUGUCGAGAAGAACGUGUCUGAUGCCUUGGUUUCUAUGUUGAUGCAAAGUGCAAAAUCAAAGGACGGAUUGAAAGCAAGGAGAGAUUUAGAAGAUAUGGGAAUUCGCAGAAACUUACAUGUAGAGCAACGAGGAAAGAGGCAAUACUUGCCUCCGGCUGUGUAUUGGCUGUCAAAAGAAGAGAAGAAAAGAUUUUGCAAGCGGUUAUCAAAAUUCAGAGGCCCUGACGGAUAUGCUGCAAAUAUUGCUAACUGUGUUACAGUUGAACCCCCUGUAAUUGGUGCACUGAAGUCACACGACCAUCAUGUUUUGCUGCAUAAUUUAUUGUCUGUUGCUAUCCGAGGGUUACUGCCAAAAGGCCCUAGGAUUGCAGUGAUUAGAUUAUGCAACUUCUUUAACAGGCACAUGAAAAAACUCAAAACAUAUGUAAAAAACUAUGCACGCCCAGAAGCUUGUAUGGCAGAAGGAUAUUUAGCUGGAGAAUGUAUAGCUUUCUGCUUAGAAUUGCUACAAGCGUCUGUACCUAUCCAAGAAACAAUAAAUCGUAAUGAAGAUAUUGCUGCGGCAGAUGAUAUCAUUCUCGAAGGUCGUCCACUAAACAAAGGUGAAGAAGUUACACUUACGGAUAAUGAGCGAGAUAUAGCGCAUCGUUAUGUGUUAAUGAACAUGGCCGUAAUGAAUCCGUUUGUCGAGCAAUCCAACAUGUCGCAGAAAGUAAAGGAACCAAUCCGCCACAGCAAGCGUCAGCAAGGGACUGAACCCUCCCCUGUGUUAGAAGUGGUAUCGAAAAAACGUAAGAGGGCUACAAAUCCAGAUGCUCUGGAAGCUUCCCAACGUAAUGGAAAUGAUGAUCAAUUACCUGAUACUCAAGAUCUGGGAGUAGCAGAAGAUCAAAACAAAGAUCAUGGCGGCGAUGUCUCCCUACCUAUUCAACAAGAAUUAGAAGAAGAAGAAGACCAGGAAGAUGUAAACCCACCUAUUCAAAAUCAAUUUGAAGAUGUCCCCCAACCUAUUCAAGAAGACCACGAAGAUAUCAACCCACAUAUUCAAGAAGAACAGGAAGAUUUCUCCCCACAUAUUUGA